AAUGCCCCACCUAAAUAUCCUUAUGAACGACGACGAUGAGAGGGAUAUCUAGAUUUGUUUUCAGCGAAAGAACAUAAGAGGAGCACGAAGAGAGAGGAGAGUACUAGCGGGUUUGAUUAUGACGAGAUGAAGCGUGGCGUAUGGAGUUGUUGAUGACAGAAGAGAGAUACGAGGCGGAGGCGUGAGGAAGGCGAGAUACAGAAAUGGGGAUCUGAUAAAAAGGGAACAGUGGAAAAUCGGGAGGAGAAGCUCGUCUUCGGCUAUUAAAAAGCAGAAGAGAACGAAGAUUUGCUGGGGAGCGAAAGCGGAGAGGCUGAGUGAAAAGAGGAAAAAAAAACAACAGAAAAGCACAGGGCAAGGAGGGAAGCAGUGGUAACAAAGAAAGGAGAAAAAGAACAACCAAAAAAGCAGAGCAAAAGGAAACGUAGCGGAGGAAGAGAGAGGGUUUCUGGAGUUCUGAAAAGGACAAGCCUGGGGGUUGCGACUGCUAGAUUCAGCUCAAAUGUCUAGUGAUGCGGAGAAGUGUAAUACUGGUGAGACCCAGAAUGGCCAGGAAGCUUCUUCCCCAUCCCCACCUAGCAACAACCAAUUUAUGUGGUACAGUUGUUUACUCCAGCAAGCCUCAAUUUAUGGUAUAGCUGCAGGAUAUUGCAUCUCAGCUUCGCUUCUCUCCAUCAUCAAUAAAUGGGCUGUCAUGAAAUUUCCUUAUCCUGGGGCACUUACUGCAUUACAGUACUUCACAAGUGCAGCUGGAGUUCUCAUCUGUGGCUGGUUCAAGUUCAUUGAGCACGACUCUCUUGAACUUGUGACAAUGUGGCGGUUUCUGCCUGCUGCUAUUAUAUUUUACCUCUCCCUUUUCACCAACAGUGAGCUUCUCCUUCAUGCUAAUGUUGACACAUUCAUUGUCUUCCGGUCAGCAGUUCCUAUCUUUGUGGCCAUAGGUGAGACCCUCUUCUUGCACCAGCCAUGGCCAUCAGUGAGGACAUGGGCUUCACUUGCCACUAUCUUUGGAGGAAGUGUGCUUUACGUUGUCACAGAUUACCAAUUCUCAUUCACAGCAUAUAGCUGGGCUAUAGCUUACCUAGUGAGCAUGUCCAUAGAUUUUGUUUAUAUCAAGCACGUGGUUAUGACGAUUGGUCUAAAUACAUGGGGUCUUGUACUUUAUAAUAAUCUCGAGGCUCUGCUGUUGUUUCCUUUGGAGUUACUUAUAAUGGGGGAGUUGAAGAAGAUAAAGCGCGAAAUUCAUGAUGAGUCUGAUUGGUAUUCAUUUGAAGUAGUUUUGCCGGUGGGGUUAUCUUGCUUGUUUGGAUUGGCAAUCUCCUUUUUCGGCUUCUCAUGCCGAAGGGCAAUUUCUGCAACUGGUUUUACUGUUCUUGGUAUAGUGAACAAGCUGUUGACGGUUGUUAUUAAUUUGGUGAUUUGGGACAAGCAUUCAACACCUGUAGGGACAGUCGGGCUUUUGGUUUGCAUGCUAGGAGGAGUUUUAUACCAGCAGUCCGCAAGCAAUAAGCCAAAAGCUGUUCAACAAGUUAAUGCACAACAGGAUGAUGAGGAACAGCAGAAGCUACUACUUGAAGUGCAGCAGACUAAAAUGCCAACCAAGUUUGAAGAAGAGAAAUAAAUCACAUACAUGCAGAAUCACUCGAUGUCAUUGUGUCAUUUUUUAUUUUUUUUUUCAUUCUUGUAGAUUGUUGGGAUGGCUACUUAUCCUGUGAAUUGCUUAUUAAAUUACAAGCAGAAACUUCUGGAGGAAGCACAUAGAGUACUCUCUGGAGAUCACAAAGUCAAACGGUCUAGAGCACCACUUCGGUAAGCUUCAUUUUUUGUUUACAUCUAUAGACUGUGAUUUUCCCCAUCUCAGAAAGCGGUGACGGUGAAAUCUCUACAUUCUUUUGUCUGUACAUUUUGUUGGUUAAACAGUUGGUAUAAAUAUGAAAUUCUAGCUCAACAACAUAUUGGAGAUGCCAAACUUAAAUGCAUCCGACAAAAGAUUAGGUUCAUUUACGACACAUCUGAAAGGUAAUCUGCCUUUGGCCUGAUAAUAUUGUGAUUUACAGGAAGGAUGACAGUCCAAGAAUGAGAGAAAUCGUAAAUUCUUAUGUA